AUGCACAUAAAUGGUAUAAACGGUGGGCUAACCUUGCUGCGGACUCGUUUGAAAGUUUCGCCAUGUCCUAAAACCAGGAAGACACUCGUUCCGGCUUACAGAUGCCAAAUCCAUCGAACUAUAUGCCAUCAUGCGCGUCGAGCUGUACCCCUACGCGUCGCCGCCAGCGCGCCGUCAGAUGGAAGUCGAAGAGGCGCCAAAUCACAAGCUACAGUUCAAUCGAAGGAUCUUCCACAGGGUGUGGUGAAACUGGAGACAUAUGAUAAUGGAGCUGAUGAUGCCCCUCGAUAUCCUACUGUGGUUCAAGGGCAUCGCAAUAAUAUGCAAAAGUUUAAGAACUGCGUUAUAUUGACUCGAGUUGGAGGAUUUUAUGAGUUGUACUUCGAACAAGCUGAAGAAUUUGCACCAUUGCUCAGCUUGAAGCUAGCGUUCAAGAAAACCACCGCCGGGCCAGUUCCCAUGGCGGGUUUCCCCUUUUUCCAAUUAGAUCGCUUCCUCAAAAUUCUUGUUCAAGACCUCAACAAAUAUGUGGCUAUUAGUGAAGAGUUUGCCCAUGAGGUAGAGGACAAAGCUCGAUCCGGGGGUUUGAUGUUCGAUCGCAAAGUGGCCAGGGUCAUCACCCCGGGCACUUUGAUUGAUGAAAAGUUCCUUGACCCAUCUGAGAACAAUUUCCUGUUGGCUAUAUACCUGGAUGUCCCUGCGCUAGAAGUUGAAUCAAGGCAGAAUGUUGACCCGCAGGCCUCACAGCAUGUGUUGUCCUCCGUACCUCAGCGUGUAGGACUAUCGUGGUUAGACCUGUCAACUGGAGACUUCUUUACGCAACUAACAACGGCUCAAAUGUUACCGUCGGCAAUUGCCAGAAUCGGAGCACGCGAGAUUCUGGUAGAUCAAAAUGUUCAGGAAAGUAUUGGACAAGAGUUGCAACAGCUGUUUGGGCAUGAGCAUCGCCUUGUCUCGUUCUUCCAAUUCCCGAAAGAAUUCGAGCCAAUGUCAAAAUGGGACACAAUGCUAGAAGCGCCAAUUCCGGUAAACACACAUGCAUCCUUCACCCCGGAAGAAGUAGCUGCCGGCUACAGUCUAUUAGAAUAUAUCCGAGUGCAAUUGCAGGGAUCAAAUCUCAAACUCCAGCCUCCGCGCCGGAGGCAUCUCGACGAGUCGAUGAGUAUUGAUCGCAGUAGUCUUAGGGGACUCGAAAUACUCGAAACUUCAAGAGACGGGUUUGGGAAGGGAAGUUUGCUCCAUGCCGUCCGUAGGACUUCCACAAAGAGCGGUGCCCGUCUUCUACGCGAUCGACUCACAUCUCCGUCCACGUCUCUUCUAGUUCUCAACGAAAGGCUUGACCUAGUUUCGAUAUUCAUCGAAAACGAAAACCUUCGCGAUAGCGUGAUUCGAUUACUUAAACGAAGUUAUGACUCUCAACGAUUGGUUCAGAAAUUCGCCAUGGGAAAGGGAGAUCCAGAUGACUUAAUUUGUCUUUCUCGAGCGAUUGAAGCCUCCAAGGGAGUUAAGCAGGUUCUUUCUGAGCACGAACGAUUGCUGGAAUUUGAUACUACUUCCGGUGUCAAAAACAGUCUCAAUUCCAUGAUUUCACGACUUUAUUUGCAAGGGCCGGCCGCUCUCGCUGAUCAAAUUCUGUCAGCUAUCGACGAAGAAGGGGUGCUCCAGCAGCAACGCAUUCAAGACAAUACCGCCGCUGAAGCAGCCAGCCUAGCACAAGAGGUUGCUGUGAACGAAGGCACAUCGAGCGAAUUGCAGUCGUUGCCCAAAAAAGUCAGGACGAAAAGUGGUGACCAGACAGUAGCUGAGUCUGAAAAUGGAGAAAUGGAGACAUGGAUCAUGAGACGCAACGCCAGUGACAUCUUGAACACUCUCCAUACGGAGUUGGAAGGUCUGUUGGAUGACAAAAUCGCAUUGAUCAAACAACUACGGGACUAUGUUGGGUCGUCUGCCCUCAAUCUGAAGUGGACGCCCGGUCUGGGACACAUCUGCCAUGUGAAGGGUGCAAAAAUUUCCCAGCAAUCGCUUGAAGAACUAGGAGUCACCCGAAAUGUCUCGUCGACUAAAUCAACGCGAUCUUUUUAUCUCCCAGCAUGGACAGAGUUAGGAAACAAGAUGGAUCGCGUGAAAACACAAAUACGGCAAGAGGAACAAGCAAUAUUUGAGCGUCUUCGUCGUGAGGUGAUCUUGAAUUUGGUGAAGAUUCGCCGCAAUGCGGCAGUCAUGGAUGAGUUGGAUGUUGCUUGUUCUUUCGCAACACUGGCUCAGGAGCAGCAAAUGAUACGACCUAUUCUCAACGAAGGGACUACCCACAAGAUCGCGGGUGGGAGACAUCCAACAGUCAAACUCGGACUUGAAGAGCAAGGUAGAUCCUUUGUGAGCAAUGACUGCUUUCUCGGCGGUCAGGAACGAAUCUGGCUGAUCACAGGGCCAAACAUGGCAGGCAAAAGUACAUUUUUGCGCCAGAACGCUUUAAUCACCAUCCUUGCACAGGUAGGUUCAUAUGUGCCUGCGGCGUAUGCCGAAAUUGGCAUUGUGGAUCAGAUAUUCAGUCGAAUCGGCGCAGCCGAUGAUCUGUUUCGUGAUCAGUCUACGUUUAUGGUAGAGAUGCUUGAAACUGCUGCCAUUCUGAAGCAAGCUACCCCGCGAUCCUUUGUUAUCAUGGAUGAAGUUGGUAGAGGGACCACUCCCGAGGAUGGUACAGCUGUUAGCUUUGCCUGUCUUCAUCACUUGCAUUAUCACAAUCAGUCUCGCACUCUUUUCGCUACUCAUUUCCACGGCCUUGCAGACAUGACGCAGAAGUUUCAAAAUCUUGAAAGAUACUGCACUGACAUUAAAGAAACAGCGACAGGCUCUUUCUCAUUCGUUCAUCGUCUUCGGAGAGGCGUCAACCGUGAAUCACAUGCGUUGAAAGUCGCACAGUUGGCUGGUCUUCCCCAAGAAACCAUUGAACUGGCUACUAGUGUGCGGGACGAACUGAUGAAUGAGAAGCAUUCAUUGCCAGCUAACAAACCAUAA